CGAUUUAUUUAUUAAUUAUCAUAGCCUACAUACAAAGCAACAUGUCGAUUGUCCACGAAGCUUCCUGUAUUUUUUGCAAGAUUAUCAAGGGUGAAAUCCCAUCUUUCAAACUCCUCGAGACCAAAUUUUCAUACUCAUUCUUGGACAUCCAGCCCACUUCCAAAGGCCACUUGUUGGUGAUUCCAAAGUACCACGGAGCCAUGCUGCACAACAUCCCAGACGAGUUCCUUGCUGACAUACUGCCAGUAACCAAAAAAUUGGUCAAAGCUCUUGGCCUGGAAGUCACCACUCCCGACGAAGAUGGCUACAACAUUCUGCAGAACAAUGGGCGGAUCGCUCACCAGGUGGUCGACCAUGUCCACUUUCACCUGAUCCCAAAGCGGGACCCAGAAACGGGACUCGUGAUCGGCUGGCCAGCAAGAAAUGCAGACAUGGAUGAACUCUCCGAGUUUGCCAAGGAGCUCACAGCAAAGCUGGCCUAAAUCGGUCGCAGCAUUUUCAUACGUAUAGAGUCCGAUCAGCUCUGGUAUUUGUGUAAAUUGAUGGUGGCAAUGCCAGAUAAAUACGGCUCUUUUGGUGUAAGGAUGAUUUUCCACAAAAUCCUGGAUUUCCCAGUCUGAGUGGCAAAAGCCAAAUAUUUCGUAUUUGCCCUUGAUCAUUUAACAUCUUUAGUUUUUCUGAUUGCUCAAUUGAAAGAUAAUCCAAUCAGAUAGAAUGGUGGAUGAGAAGAAGCCCUUGUUAGACGCCUCUGGCAGAGAAGUCGUUCCAGAAGACUCGACUGCUACCGCGAUUUUGAGAAGAAAGAAGAAGGAUAAUGCCUUAGUUGUCGACGAUGCCACCAAUGAUGACAACUCCAUCAUUUCUAUGUCGUCCAACACGAUGGAGCUUUUGCAAUUGUUCCGUGGCGAUGCUGCCCUGGUCAAAGGAAAGAAGAGAAAGGACACUGUCCUGAUCGUUUUGGCCGAUGAUGAUAUCGAGGAUGGUGUUUGUAGAAUCAACAGAGUGGCAAGGAACAACUUGAGAGUUCGUCUUGGGGACAUUGUGACAAUUCAUCCAUGUCCCGAAAUCAAGUUUGCCACCAGAAUCUCGGUGUUGCCGAUUGCAGACACCAUUGAAGGUAUCACCGGAUCUCUGUUCGAUGUCUUCUUGAAGCCAUACUUUGUUGAUGCUUACAGACCUGUUCGUAAAGGUGAUCAUUUCGUUGUCAGAGGAGGCAUGAGGCAAGUUGAGUUCAAGGUUGUGGAAGUCGAGCCGGAAGAACACGCCAUUGUGUCUCAGGACACCAUAAUACAUUCCGAGGGCGAACCUAUCAAUAGAGAGGACGAGGAAAAUAACCUCAAUGAAGUUGGUUACGACGACAUUGGAGGCUGCAGAAAACAGAUGGCCCAGAUUAGAGAGCUCGUUGAGUUGCCACUUAGACAUCCACAGUUGUUCAAGGCCAUUGGUAUCAAGCCUCCCAAAGGUAUCUUGAUGUACGGCCCCCCUGGUACUGGUAAGACCUUGAUGGCCAGAGCCGUUGCCAAUGAAACUGGUGCAUUCUUCUUCCUAAUCAAUGGUCCGGAAAUCAUGUCGAAGAUGGCCGGUGAGUCUGAAAGUAACCUCAGAAAAGCUUUCGAAGAGGCCGAGAAAAACUCGCCAUCUAUCAUUUUCAUCGAUGAGAUUGACUCUAUCGCACCGAAGAGAGACAAGACAAACGGAGAAGUUGAAAGAAGAGUUGUUUCCCAGCUCUUGACCUUGAUGGAUGGUAUGAAGGCUAGAUCAAACGUCGUUGUUAUUGCUGCUACCAAUAGACCUAAUUCGAUCGAUCCCGCUUUGAGAAGAUUUGGAAGAUUUGAUAGAGAGGUCGACAUCGGUAUUCCUGAUGCCGCUGGAAGACUUGAGGUUUUGAGAAUCCACACUAAAAACAUGAAGCUGGCUGACGAUGUUGACCUUGAGGCCCUAGCUGCUGAGACGCACGGUUACGUUGGUGCUGAUAUUGCAUCCCUAUGUUCUGAGGCCGCUAUGCAACAAAUAAGAGAGAAGAUGGACUUGAUCGAUUUGGAAGAAGAAAACAUUGAUGCCGAAGUUCUUGAUUCUCUGGGAGUCACUAUGGACAACUUCAGAUUCGCUCUGGGUAACUCUAACCCAUCAGCAUUGCGUGAGACUGUCGUCGAGAGUGUCAACGUCACUUGGGAUGACAUUGGAGGUUUGGAUGGUAUCAAGCAAGAGCUGAAGGAGACUGUGGAAUAUCCCGUCUUGCAUCCAGACCAAUAUACCAAAUUUGGCCUUUCGCCUUCGAAGGGUGUCUUAUUCUUUGGUCCUCCUGGUACUGGUAAGACCCUUUUGGCAAAGGCCGUUGCCACCGAGGUUUCUGCUAACUUCAUCUCCGUUAAAGGUCCUGAGUUGCUGAGUAUGUGGUAUGGUGAAUCUGAGUCCAACAUUAGAGACAUUUUCGAUAAGGCUAGAGCUGCAGCUCCUACAGUUGUUUUUCUGGAUGAGCUGGAUUCUAUCGCCAAGGCUAGAGGAGGCAGCAUGGGAGACGCAGGUGGAGCGUCGGAUAGGGUUGUUAACCAGCUGCUCACCGAAAUGGAUGGUAUGAAUGCCAAGAAGAACGUCUUCAUUAUUGGUGCUACGAACAGGCCAGAUCAAAUUGAUCCUGCUAUUUUGAGACCAGGUAGAUUGGACCAAUUGAUUUAUGUUCCAUUGCCAGACGAAGCCGGAAGACUGUCGAUUCUGAAGGCUCAAUUGAGGAACACCCCAUUGGAGCCAGAUCUGGACUUGGCUGCUAUUGCUAAAACCACUCACGGCUUCACUGGUGCUGAUCUGCAGUACAUUGUCCAGAGAGCUGCCAAAUUUGCUAUCAAAGACUCCAUCGAAGCUCAAAAGAGAUACGAGCAGGAGAAGGCCGAAAGAAAGGCCGCUGAAGGCUCCGAUGACGUUGAGAUGAAGGUUGAGGAUGGUGAGGAGGAGAGCAUUCCUGAUGCUGUUCCAUACAUCACAAAAGCUCACUUCGAAGAAGCUAUGAAGACAGCUAAACGUUCUGUUUCCCCAACUGAGUUGAGGCGCUACGAGGCUUACGCGCAACAACUUCAAUCUUCUAGAGGUCAGUUCACGAACUUCUCGUUCGGCCAAGGAGGCGACGCUGCUGGAUCUAACGAUAGGGGUGCUGGAGCAGAUGGUGCUGGGGCUGCGUUUGGAUCGGUUGAAGACGAAGAAGACGAUUUAUACAGUUAAGCAUGAGAGGGGUGUAUAGGCUUGACUAACUUGUUAAGAUAUAUUGAUAUUGAGUCCGG